AUGAGUCGACCUGAUCAGCAUGACUUUAUCAUGCAUGUUUUGAACACGGAUUCGGUAGGAAAAUUACUGUACUUUUUAAAAAUUUUUGUAAAACUCAAUUUUUUUAGACGGUAGGCCAAAGUAAAAUAGAAUAAAAAUUUUAUUUAUGGUUGAGUAUAGUAGAGUAGGGUAGAGAAGGAUAAAAAUUUAUUUUAUGGUAGGGUGGGGUAAGGCAGGGUAAGUUAGGGCAGGGAAGGAUAAGUUAAAGUAAAAUAGGAUAGGUUAGGGUGGGCAAAAUAUAAAAUUUGUCGUUUUCAAUUCAUAAUAAUUUUUUUUAUAAAUUUACAAGUAAACUACCGUAAUCAAAAUAAAAAAAUUUGACUUUUUAAAAAUUUUAGCUAAGAAGUUGUAAAACAUCUAAAAUUAUGUUUAUUAUUAAAUUUUUGGAUUGGUACCUUGACUUAUGUCGAAGUUAUGCAGUUUAGUCAAAGAUCAAAAAAGUUCGCUUCCUCUCUGAAAAUUGGGUUAAUUUUAUGUUUUUAAAAGGUUGCAACUUUUUCAAUAAACCAGAUAUGGUAUCAAAACUUUAGCGAAUGAUACAACGUUUUAGGCUUUACAAAACGAUAUUGUCUAAUUUUAAAAUUAAUUUCAAAAAAUUUUAAAAAUUAUCAAAAAUUAAAGAAUUUUGAAUAGACUUUGGUUCACAAACAAUAUUUUUGACUUUUUCAAUUUUUUUUUAAUUUAAAAAACUGUAAUUAAUACUUUUUUUUAAACUUGGAAUUGACCUUAUUUAACAAUUUAAAGUUUUUUUAUUAUCUUUACGACAAUAUUCUAGCCAGACGACACUCCACCAGAAAAGCGCAACUACUAUGAAACCCCAUUUCAUUGUCAUCCCUGGUUCCAACAUCCAUCGGUGCCUGGGCUUAACAUGCAUUAUCAAUUUGCGGUUGGACCGGUAACAGCCAACUGGGACAAAGUGGAAAACGUGCCGAUGACUCUACAACAAAACCAAAGAUAUCAUUUUAAGAUCUACAAACAUGGACAGGGCUUCGAUUUGAGGUUGAACGGGACUUUAAUCAAAACUUUUGUGUAAGUGAAGCUUGCAGGGUAGGUUAGAGCCCUGGGGCUAAGACAAGAGCAAAAGCAAAAGCUCUGGACUAGGGGUUUAGGCUAAGGCUCUGGGCUAGGGCUCUAGGCCAAGGCUCCGGGCUAAGGCUUUGAGCUAGAACUCUUGGCUAAUGCUUUCGCUAAUGCUCUGGGCUAAUGUCAAAGCUAAUUCAAUGCAAGACUUAUUUUUACGUUACUACAGUAACGACCGCAGUCAACACUGUGCUAAAGGCAUCUACAUCAAAGAAAACACUUAUAUUAAUCAAGUAUGGAAAGAAAACGAUGCCGGAUGUACUCAACCUGCUCAAGACCCUCCAGAGGAUCCAGCUCCAGAAGAACCGUUUCCAGAAGAACCAGCUCAACAUAAACCACGUAAACCUCAUCCACCACCUAAGGCUCAUCAUGGCAGUUACCCGGAGAUCACGGCAGAUGAGAAUAGUCAAUGCGUUGCUUUCUUUGGAUAA